UCGAAGUUGCAAUCAAUCUCGACACACCGGGGACCAUUUCGUUACCGAGUGUUACUUAACACCACAAACAGCGCUCGCGAGCGCCUAAAGAUCACUUCUUGCAACAGAAACGCAAACGCAACAAGUUUGGCAACGAAAGCGUUACGCGUUUUGCAAAAGAAGCCAAAAGUGUACACUCAGUUAAGAAAAUGCGGCUCAGCGCGACAGUCGUCUCUUGUGUCAUCAGCUUCUGCUGUUUGGUUGGGUACACAUUUGCAAAGAAAAAGAUUAUUGACGAGGUAAAAAUCUGCAAAAGAAAUGAUCCGAAUCUCAGUGAUUGUUACGCGGAUAAUUUUCGACGGUUGGUACCACUGACGAAAAAUGGCAUUCCGGAAAUGAACCUCCUCAAAGUGGAACCACUGCUAGUCGACAAAGUUUUAUUAGAUUUUACACAAUCAAGAACAUUCAGAUUGGAAACAGUUUUAGAAAAAAUCAAUAUGAGCGGUUUAGGUGCAACUAAUCUCACAGGGUGUGUGAUUAAAAUCAUCCCGGAUGGAAUGACAGCUGAUUUAGAGAUGAAUAUACCUGAAGUCACCAUGAAAUCAACAUAUAAAGCAAAAGGAAACUUUCUACUUAUCAAUAUCAAUAGUAAAGGAGACUUUGUUGGAAAUUUUACUGGUUUAAAAGUUCGUGGACAAUGGAAAAGUCAGAGAUUCAUGAAGAAAAACAAAGAAUAUUUAGGUUUCAAGGAUACAUCACUUGAUAUUGAAAUUAAAGUCAUCCGUGUGCACUUUGAGAACCUUUUCGGGAAUAACACAGAACUGAAUGAUUCAAUUAACAAUGCAAUCAAUGAUAACAUUGAUGUUCUCUACGAUGAACUGAAACCCAUUGUCUUACAAACAAUCCGUGCGAUUAUCCUGGAAGCAGUAAACAAUGUAUUCGGAUUGUUUCCAUAUAAUGUAUUAUUUCCAGAGAAGUAGCAGUGUUGAGAAGUAUUUUUAGACAUAGAAUUUAUUAUAGAAUCUUAAUUUUUGUAGCUAAAAACUUGAAAAACGAAAUAAACAAAAUUUUAUUGAUCA